GAACAACAAAACCCCAAGCUAAAAUCAUAUUAAAAGGAGAAAGAACGGAAGACUAGCAAUAAUUAUUAAUAAAAUAAUAUAAUAAUAAUAAUAACAACAACAGCCAGAAAUCAAAACCUAAUUUAAAUCUACAAAACAAAAAAAAAAACAAGCAAAUUAUUUGUUUUUGGUUAUCAUUCAAACUACGGAAUUAACAAAAAUCACUUUAGCCUUAUAUACAACAACAAAUGCAACAACACUAGAAUAUUACCAUAAGAAAUUGCAUGCACGAAAGUAGAAAACAAAAGAAUAAAACUGGCUACGCUCUAAGUAAAAUAACAUAAACGGCGAUAGCAACUAAAGAACAGAACAGAACAAAAAGAGAACUUCAACUUCAGCAGAGAGCGAUUAUCACAGUAAUUGCUAACUCUCUCUCGUGAGCUUCAAGAAAGAGAAUAAUCCAGGCAACAGGAAGUAGCAAAAACAAGAAUCUUAACGUGCGGUAGCUCUGGCAAAAGCUGCACCGAAUUACAGCAAAUACAAAAAGCAGAGCCAUUCAGAGCGUUAGUUUCGAGCACCGUUAACGCUGCCGUCGCCGCAGCCCCUGCCAGACGCAUGCAGCAGCAGCGCAGCAGUGGGCAGCGAUGAAUACCCAGCAGGAACAGUAGUGACGAUACCACAACUGCUUAAGAACUCGCUAUACUCUGAGACACAGAGAGAGAGAGAGAGAGAGCAAACUGUUAUAACAAAGAGAAGUACAUUUUACGCAAGUGCAAGCAGCGGAGGUGGGGGUAGCAGCCUAAUGCAAAACAAUAUGGUAAGCAUACCAGCGGCCAAUAUGAACGGCGGCCUUAAGGCAGCUAACGGCAGCGGCACCGUCGUUGGCGUUGGCGUUGCUGGCACAGUGUUGACAAAUGCGCAGCGUGUCUAUUUAACGCCUGCAUCCAGCUAUCAUUUAGCCGCACGGCAAACAACGGUCAGCGGUGCCGUGACCACCGGCGUGGGCAUGGGCGUAGUGGCCACAGCCAAGGGUUCCAACAGCGGCCUUGUCGGCGGCGGCAGCGGUGCGAAUGUGACUGCAUCCACGAGUACGCCGGCAGGCACUGUGCGUUAUUUUUCGCAGUUUAGCAAAUUGCAGCCGGUGCAGCAGCUACCGACUAGUGUUGGGCAGCGCAAGCUGCUCAAUGGUGAUACGAUGGUACUGGUUAACGGCACCAACAAGCUCAUCUUUGCCAGUCCGAAUAAUAAGUUGCUAACAACAACAACUGCGGCAACAGCAGUAACAGCAGCGGCAACCGCAGCGGCAACCACAGUAACAGCAACAACAUCAACAACAACCGCAACAACAACAGUUCCUAAUGGUAACAGGGUGUUAAUUAACAAGCAGCAACCACAAAAACAACAACAACAACACCAACAACAGCAACAGCAGCAGCAACAGCAACAGCCAGCGACUGCGAUUGAAGAGCUGCAGCAGGAUGAGCUGCAGGUGGAGGACGAUGCAGAUGUAAUCGAGAUAAAGCAAGAGGAUGGUCAACAACAACCAGAGAGUGAAACUCUGGUCUUGCCGGUAGCCUCGAACGCAAGCAAAUCCACCGAUCCGGACGCCGAACCCGAGCUGGACAUUGUGAUCAACAACGUGGUUUGCUCGUUCAGUGUGCGCUGCCAUUUGAAGCUUCGCGAGAUUGCACUGAAUGGCUCCAAUGUGGAGUACAGGCGAGAGAACGGGAUGGUCACCAUGAAGUUGCGACGCCCCUAUACGACGGCCUCAAUUUGGUCCUCCGGCCGGAUUACAUGUACGGGUGCCACCUCCGAGUCGCAGGCCAAGAUUGCAGCUCGGCGAUAUGCGCGCUGUCUGAGCAAACUCGGAUUUCCGACGCACUUUCAAAACUUUCGGAUUGUAAAUGUGCUAGGCACCUGCAGCAUGCCCUGGGCCAUCAAGAUAGUCAACUUCUCGGAGCGACAUCGCGACAAUGCCAGCUAUGAACCCGAACUGCAUCCAGGUGUUACGUACAAGAUGCGCGAGCCCAAGGCCACUCUCAAGAUUUUCUCCACGGGCAGCAUAACGGUAACAGCCGCCAGCGUGAACGAUGUGGAAUCCGCCAUACAGCACAUAUAUCCUUUGGUGCACGAGUUCCGUAAGCAGCGCUCUGCAGAGGAGCUGCAGCACUUGCGACAGAAACAUCGGGCCCAGGGCGUCGGCAGCGGCGGCGAUGACUUCAGCGAGCAGGACCAGCCACUAACGUCGGAGGGCAAGACACAGAGUAAGGAUGACCUGCUUUCGAGCACCAGCGCCGCACAUACGAAUGCCAGCCCCAGCCUUUCCUCUGCCUCCAUAUAUGCAACGCGUCGCGUGGAGCAGUUCAAGGGCUAUCAGCAGGUGCAGGAGCAGUCACAGCUGGAGCGGCGUAACCUGGCCAGCAGCAGUAGUGGUGGCGGCAACAGCAGCGGCGGCGACAACAUCUGUGCCAAUGCGCGUCGCCGGGCCACCGAAUGUUGGGCGACAAAGCUGCAGAAUAAACGUUCGCGCUACAACGAUCCUGGCUCAACGGCGACAGGCUCUACCAUCGUCAUGGGACGCACUAGCUGCAGCGGCGGCAGCAGCAGCACCAUUGUCAGCAGCAGCUACAGCGCUAACUUCAGCGCAGUUGGAGUUGCGGGCAGCACUGCAAGUGCAACUGCGACGGCGACGACUCAACUGCGCUUAAGCAGGCCAUUCCUGCCCGUCGAUGUGAUUCUAAAGCAAAACAGCUCGCGGGCGCGCAAUGCGACGACAAUAGGCGCCAUAUCUGGCGAGGAUGGGUUGUAUAGCAAGCGCGAGACUUUCUCUCCAACGGAUUUUCAAGUGGACGAUCUGAUUGAGGAGGAUGAUGACGACGUCUACAUGCAAUUUUAAGACUAUCGAAUGGAACGGAGCAAGCGAGUUGAAUUUGUUGAAUCAGAAGUUGCCUAUGCCAAAUUUAUCGAAGAGUUUUACAAAGCAAAUAUGCAAAGAAACGAGCAAAGCAAAUACAUGCAAACACACAAACACGUACACAGAGAGCCAAACACGCAUGUUAUGAAUUUUCUUAUGUGCUCUUUAAAUGCAUUUAACAUAAGCUUCACAUAAUGUUAACAGACAACAGCAACAAAAACAUACAUUAACAUAUUACAUAUGUAUACACAUACAUAUAUUCGCAGUAUACGCGAAAUGAGUAACUGCAGUAGCAGCAGCCUUUACAAAGGACGGCGAAUUCAAAAUCCAAAUCAAAUAUUUUCUAUAAUAAAAAUAAAACAAGAGCCAAAUAUUUAUAUUUAAGAUUAUGUUUAGACAGAGCAAUGUACGUUGUUGAAUGUACGGCGAGACUACAGACAUCGCGAUUAAAUUGAUCAGCUUCUACGGAAUGGUAUAAAUUGACUUUACCAUAUGCAUGUUCACAUACACACAUAUAUAUAGACUAAAUGCAACAAAUAUCAGCAAAUAUGUGCGAUACACAUACGUAUAAAUAAAUACAUAUAUCAUUUACAUAUACGUAUUGAAACCCUCAAUAACUGCGUUACGUUAAUCUGCAACAGCGACCCGAACUCAAUGGAACAAGUGGAAACUGGAACUUAAGCAACUAUUACACACAAAAAACAAACAAAGAAACAUACAGAUCAGAUCAGAUCAGAUCGACACACAAAAUCUAUUGCUUCUCGAUACUAAUCUGUAUCGUCAAUACAUAUGUAAUUACGUAUGUCAGGAAACCACCGCCUAAUAAAUACCGUUACUACACAUUUAACAAAUACAAAAACAAAAACAAACAAAAUUACUAUGGAAUAACUUUAGUCCUAUGCUUUCAUUUACAUUUAUUUAGUUCAAUGGUAAAUGGAACUCUAUUAAUCCUUUGCUGUACAGCCGCUGUUACGUUUAACAUAUUUAGCAAAGUAAUGCGGCUCUGACGUCACAAUUCAACAGCCGGCAUUGCACAUAGCGAAUCCCAACAAAGAGAAAAACAAAAACAAAAUAAAUUCUUAACUAGCACAUUGAAUUAGUUUUUUUUUAUAAAUUGAUUAUUACUUUUGACCAUUGAUUUAUUUCAUAUUUAAUGAUAACAGCAAUUGAACUUAUAGAAAUUUUAAGUUCUUGACAGA